AUUAAAGCAGUCGAAAAUGGUGGAAAGUGAAGAGCUUGGUCCAUUUUGGAGGAUUUAGAGAUGUAAUAUAAAUAAAUAAAAAAAUAGAUGGCAGAUGAUCUACACAUUUUCCCUGCUUGAUUGGAUCCUUCUUCCCAACAUUAAUGGCGCCCGUUACUUACUAUUAUGCAGCAGGCUGUAAGCAAUAACUCUCUGCACAUGCGCCCUAUACUCAGAAGAGCCUCGCCUUCUUUAUUGUCUCUGCUCCGCAGAUCUUUGAUUCCAUCAUUGGCGCCUCCGAUUCCUACUUUACUUUCCGCGCUCGCGAUUAUGGAUUCUCGGGCGCAGAACGGUUUGGGGCCUUCUAGAAAACUCAUGGUUCUGGCGCAGCAAUUGCGCCUCUAUAAACCGCCUCCGCCGUCGGACGACGAGGAAGAGGAGGAGAAGAUUGAGGAGCGGGAAGGGAAAGUGGUUUCGCAAUUAGGGUUUGCGGAAUCGGCGACUCCGGUGGCCCAACAGCCUUCCGAGGGGUUCAGGCCCAAAAGAGCGGCGGUUUUAAUCUGCCUAUUUGAAGGGGAUGAUGGUGAAUUCAGAGUAAUUCUUACGAAGCGAUCAUCGAGGCUUUCUACUCAUUCUGGGGAAGUUUCGUUGCCUGGGGGAAAAGCAGAGGAGAUCGACGCCAGCGAUGCCGACACAGCAACAAGGGAAGCGAAGGAGGAGAUAGGAUUGGAUCCUUCCAUGGUGAACGUCGUGGCGUGCCUUGAGCCCUUCUUAUCCAAGCACCUCCUCAGAGUGAUUCCUGUCAUCGGCAUACUAUCCAAUAACAAAGAGUUCCAUCCAUCUCCUAAUGCUGCUGAAGUCGAAGCUGUAUUCGAUGCUCCAUUGGAAAUGUUUCUCAAGGACGAGAAUAGACGAUGUGAAGAAAGAGAAUGGAUGGGGGAAAAGUAUCUGAUCCAUCUCUUCGACUACGAAGUGAAUGGGAAUAAGUACCUCAUUUGGGGAUUAACCGCCGGAAUUCUGAUCCGAGCGGCGUCCAUCGUGUACCAGAAACCUCCUGCUUUUGUCGAGCAGAAUCCGAAGUUCAAAGUUCUUAGAAACGUGCACAAGGAUACGACCAUGCCUUGACCUAUCUGCCUCAAAUUCAAUAUAUGUAGAAUGCUAUCCGAUUGUGAUCGAGUUGUAAAUUGGAUGCAUUAACUGACCCGAUCCACAAUGUAUAAUUUGCAGAAGCUCAUCGUGAUUUGUGAUGUAAGUGCAGAGCAGUUGCUUUGUAUUGUCUGUGACUCAUCUUUUGACACAGAAUAAGUGGCGAUUAUUCUAUAA